CAACCAAUUGCUUUUUUGUUACUGCUCAAUAGAUCCAAGAUCUUCCGACCUCGUAUGUUAUCUGCUACCAUAAGAACUAUCACGAGAUAUUCAUCAACGACACAAAAGUCGGCGAAAAUGGUUGUUCGCCAUCACGUUGAAGGUUAUGAAAAUUUUCAAAAAUUCAUGGAAGCUUUUCCCAAAGAUGACAUCGUUUACGUCUUAUUCAGUGGUAGUAAAUUACCCAAUGGUAGCAGCUGGUGUCCUGACUGCGUUGAAGCUGAACCAUCGAUUCAAAAAGGCUUAGAAGCAGCACCAGAAUCAUCUCAUUUUAUUUACGUCGAGGUUGGAGAUAGAUCCUUUUGGAAGGAUCUAAAAUGUCCGUUCCGAACGGAUAGUAAAACCAACUUGAAAGUUUUACCCACCUUGGCAAGAUGGGGAACUCAGAAACGAUUAGAGGGUGAUCAGUGUUUGGAUGUUGAACUUGUGGAAAUGUUGGUUACGGACGAAGAUGAAUAGAUAAUUAAGUAACGUAUACUCAAAAGUAUAUUGCACAGUGUAAUACGUGAUCUUGAUUUGUAAGCUCAUAAUUUUCCUUAUAUAUGUAAAAAACGACUUUAUUUAUAGAUUACUUGUCAGCUCAAGGCAGUGUGGUCAUAAAUGAUUCUUAUCUACUUGAGAAAAUUAGGAGGACAAAUAUUUCAAUCUAUAUCAAUCGCUUUUGAAUAGCCUUCACGUUAUGAAAAUAAUAUUUUUAUGAUGCGUUCAGUAACUUGGCUGUUAGAAAUGAAUGUAAAUAGCUGAUUCUAGACCAAAAUUUGAACCUGCGAUAUUUUACUUGCCAGCUGCCUGCCAUACUGAUUGAGCCAUACCAUUUUGAGUAACUUAAUAUAAUCAUUUAUUGAUAAGAGAGACCUUUUUACAGCGUAAGAUUUAAAAUUAAUCACAGUUCACCGUAAUAAGCAAAAGUAUCUAUAAAGGGUUCCGAAAAUUAAUAACAAUUGUAAAAUUUUUAAUACUAAUAAAUGAGAAUAUAUAUGUAUAGAUACAUAAAAAUGAAUUAUUAUUUACAGCGUUUUUCAAUUACGUAGUCCUACACUCAUGAAUACAUGUUGCGUUAUGUGACAGCUGUAUGACGUUGACUAACUUCGUCAACUUAUAAUACAUGGUUCAAUUGUUGGACAAAGUCAGUGCCUCGGUAACUGUUGGCAAUGGAGGUGUAACCUGCACCAUAUAGUGGAUUUUUUUGUUUCUCAGUAUGCUGUAACUAUUGUCAAAUAUAACGGAAUCUGAAAUGGCAAAAAAGAGAAACAAUAAAAUUUCAGUAAUUUGAACAUAAAUAUACAGAAACACAAUUAUGAAUUUUUUCAAGCUUUCACUCAAUUUGUGACUCACAAGUGGCUGGGGCUUUACAAGUAAUUACUCCAAUUUCGUCCAUUUGAUGAGCAGGAACUCGAUGGAUUGGAAUAACUUCAGACUGUGUUCCCUCUUCAUUCUUCUCUAUAACUCCGAAUUUUAUAUCGUGACUUUCGGAUCUAAACUCCCAUCUGAAAAACAAAUAUUCAUAGUUAUUAAUUAUCGUGUAUGUUGCAGUUUCUGAAAUGCGGUAAUUCGAAAAAAAACUUCAGAACAGAUUUACAGCUAGAAUAUU